GUGCUUUUGGUGGAAUUCCUGCUUCCUGUGUCGUUGCUAUAUCUCGCCAACUCCAACUCACAUCUUGCCAAGCUGACACGAACUUGUUGGAUUGCUCUCGCGCUCUUCUUUCACAUUGCCUGCUACCUGGUCAUUGGUCCGAACUUCCUGCGGCAAGUUCCACUGUUAUUGAUGCUACUGUAUGGUGUCUGGCAUCCCACCGUGGGCGCUGCUAAAGAAGUCAUUCAACCAGAACAACGCAUCGCGUGGAGAUGGAGGGUUGGUUACGCUACUUUCCUGUUGCUCCUGUUCCUUUGCAUGCAAGUCUGGUCAGACAUCAGCCACAUCGUGGGUGCAACGCC